AUGUCCGCGGAACAGGAGGAGCUAAACUUGAGCGAGCUGGUAGGAAACUUGUUGGCAGCGCACAACGAAGAUGAGCUUCCUUCACAGCUUGAACAAGAUCAUGCGGAGAGUAUAGGAGGCAUUCCAGACUUGCCGGAACACUCUCAAGCGCCAGGUGAGUUUGACGAUGAAGAUCUGGCCGCAGUUGUAGCACAGGCCAUUGGCGGUAUGGAAGGACGCGGUGCGGAGGUAUCAGACGAUUUGGAAGCAACAGACCGUAAAGGAAGUAAUCAAGAAGAUGUUGGAACAGCUGCUAGCAAGGAAGAAGAAUGGGCUCAGAUUCUACAGCAGGGCCUGUUACAGGAAAGUCAGCUCAACGCGCCAGAACAUAUCGAAGAGGAAGCAGUGGACGUGGGUGGAUCUGAGCAUUUGGAUAAUGAAGAUGAAGCGCUUAGAAGAGCCAUUCUCGAAUCCCUGCAAGGUUUCAACGUUACAGAAAGUCAGCAGGCACCCAAACAUACGCAUGAACCUUCCAAGGUCGCUCACAAGAAGAAAGACAAGGAGAAAACCAGUCGAAAGGAUAAGAGCAGAGACAAGAAGGCCAAAAAAGGCGAGAAAGUGGUGUCUAGCAAAAAAAAAUCGGCGAAGAAGAAGAAGGAAUCUUCCAAAAAAACCGCUAAAGAGCUUCCGAAACGUACUUUAACUGUGCCUCAAAAGGCCACCACAGAGGCUAGUGACGGCGACUUGCUCAAUUUCGAAGAUGUCAUCAAAGGAUUCAUGGAACAAGCUGGUGACGACACAGAAGCGCAGUCGAAAAUUAGCUCUCGAGAAAACACAAGCACUUCACAGGGACUUAGCGGAGUCACAGACGCCGAGACACGCUCUCUUGUCGAGAGUACUCUCCGGGCUUUCGAAAAUGAACUUUUAUUUGGCUCAAAGCCCGCCACAGGUAAGAAAUCCACGAGUCAUAGCAGGAACAAGCCGCAGGUCACCGCCGUUCCACCUGCUUCACGCAAGUCAUAUGAAGGAAUACAACCCAUUGUACAAACUCUGCCAUUAAGCAAGCCUAAAAAGUCAAAACAAAGUGAUCAAUCGAAGAAGAAAAAAGCCUCCAAGAAGAUCAAUAGAGAAAGUGAGUAUAACGAAGAUGAUUUUUCAAAAGCCUUGGCAGAUAUGGUCAAUCAAGUCGUGAACACGACACUUUCCGACUUCCAAUCACCUAAGCAAAAAUCUUCGGGAACCAAGACGCUGCCGGUUCAGACUUCAGAAGUGCCAACUAAGGCGCCGACUAAAGAGCCUCCUCUUUGGCCUGCCGACCCUGUUGCCAUCGAAAAACCUUCAUCAUCUGGUAACGAUCUCGACAGGAAAGACGAUGGCCAACGAGCUUUUGGAACCGAUGCCUCAGCAACAGAACAUGGGCCGUCAGAUCAAGUAGAAUAUGGCUCUGACCGAUUCUCCGUGCAGAAAGAUGCUGGGCACACUCAUGACAAUACUCCCGAUCUCUCGCAGCUUGUACAAUCGACUCAUUUAGAAGAGAUUCCAGAGAACUCGCUGAUGUCUUUCCCUGACGCCAAGCAGACGCCCGCGCCUAAUGAUAUAGCGGAGCCUAAUGACAACUUUGACUUGAAUCAAAUAAUGCAGAAUGCUAUGGAAAUGGCUUUCCAUGGUCAAGUCGAGCAGCAAAUAAGCCAAUCUGACCUCAAUGACUUCAACAAGCAGCUACAAGGCUAUAACGUCCCUGCUUUCAUGGACGGUGCUCGCACAUCGUCAAAGGCUAAGAAAAAGUCCAAGAAAAAGAGUAGCGGAGAAAAGAAGCUCAAAAACAAGUCAGGUAAGAAGAAAAAAUCAUGGGAUCAAAGCUUCGUGGGAGGGCUGACACCCACAGCAGGAGGAAGCGUUUUAGAUUUCAAGGGUUACAGAGAAAAACCUGCUAAAGCUGAGUUGGUAAGCCCCGUUGUUCCAAAGGUGAAAAGUAAAAAAGCGAAAAGCCAUCGUGAGAAGGCUUUAACAACCCAUGAACUCAGCGCUGCACUUCAUGCUGCAUCUGGAUCUCUACCUAGCUUACUUGAUGAUCUCCCGAAGGCGUUAGACCUAGAGGCGCCCAAGACUCUCGGUAAAAUGAAGAAAACGCUCACUCCUCAGCCGAUGUCUGACAAGUUCUGGAGAAAGAAGUACAAAACAGCUGUCGCGGAGGCUGCUGCAAAGGCAAGGCGACAAAGGAUGGACAGAAAUAAGGCGACUCGAAAGAGGUUAAAGGAGGAUCGACAUAUGCGCCGUCAGGAAAGGCACAAGAAACGCGAGGAAGAGCGCUCAAAUGAAGAGAAGGAGAGGAAGAAACUGGAGAUUAUCGUGGCCCGGGGGCCACCAUACCCUUUGAAUUUACGACUUACGAAAAAGGGAACGCCAAAGAAGCCAUAUCGCUGGUUGACAGCAGACGAGAUGAAGUCUAGGCUCUCUACUUACUCUGAAGAGGGUGUGCGUGCUUGGAAAAGUCGGGUAAAGGGUUCUAAAUAUCCGAGCCGAAACUUGGCCCAGGUCACUUACCCUCGAAAGAUAUUCAUUGCAGAUAAUACUCACGAGAAUAUAGUCCGGGGAAGUGACGAGAAAAUGAAGGCCAUGGGAAAGAAGUCUGCAAAGCACAUUUCUAACAUCAAACUUCAAUCACUAGAGGAUGCAUUCAAUUUAGAGUUUCCUCUUACCUCGGGCGAAAACAUCCCAGUGAAACGCCGGGAAUCUGCCAGUAAACGUGCAAAGAAAAAGGGCGACAUCAAGUAUGAGUCGGUUCGCAGCUCAAAAACAAUCGUCCAUCGAGAGAAGGUUGCUUUUCAUCCCCCAUGGAUGAUUCCAAAAUACCCGCCACUUGCUUUGCCCGUAGCGCGCAGGAAAAAGAAAGUCAAAGUCAGAACCACUGGGAGUUCAAAAAGCACGAAAUCCACACGUCGAGAUGGUGGCAGACUUGGCGUGCCAUCUUUUAUUGCUGGCAAUAAGAUAGUUUCCUCGUCAUUGUUUCCCAUAAUAAACACUUUGAAAGCUGCGGCGAGGGCGAAAGCAGCAGCAGGUGCCACUCCCGAAGAAGCGAGUAAGCAUUUGGGUGCAAUGCUGCGUAAUGCAAGGCUCACAAUAGCUCAGGUUCUUGCUCGAGCUAGAGGUCGUGGUUCGCGAGACUAUGGCAGCAUGAAGACGUUGGAUGAUGUGAAAUCAUCCCAGGGUAGACUAGACCGCAACAAAGUAAAGACUACGCCGCUUUUCAGCCUGGGCAGUAUCAAGGCCAUAAGGGAGCAAAGCGAGGUCGCUGCGAGGUCUGAUACCAACCAUAAAUUGCCUGAAGCCCAUCCACAAGAAGAUGAAGAGCUUGUGUCUAAGGAAGCGUCAUCCAUCAAUGUCGCUGGCGACAAAGAUGGUAUGAAAGUACCUUCCGCUCGAAUUCUGGUGAAAGAAAAUAAUGAAAGCGAGAACCGAGAUUUUCAGAUGACUGCUCAAUCCGAGGGGUCACCCAUGGGACCCACCAUGGAAGUCACCACGCAAGCAGCCUCAUUACCGAGUGAAAACAGACCCCAGAGCCUAGGGGUCGACGAAGAAGCCGCCAGCAAUCAAGUUACUACUAGUACUCAUGUGAGCCGUUCUCAAGAUCCUGUUAUCAAGCAAGAAGCGAAUGACCCGCCUUUGAAAAAACUCAAGACUUCCCAGGCUGUCAAGUUGGAAGAGAGCGACGGUGAACCCUUAUUGGCUGAUAAAAAUGAUGCUCUCUCGAAGGGCACAGCACCACCACCACCAUCACCGCCACCUCCAACUGAUGAAUUGCCGCCGGAGGUCAAAGCAGAACUGACGCGUGCAAUCAAUGAUAUUGUCAACCCGCCUGAAAAAAACCGUAAAAAAUACACUAGAAGGACUACUCCGGUGUUGAAUUUGGAGGGGCUUGUCCCUCCCGCGUCUUCAAUUUCAAAAAUAAAGCCAGAAGGCUCGAUCGAGGCAUCAGAGCAGAAAGGGCCUUCCAACAGCUCGGUGACGCAGAAAAUUUUGACGCCAUUGGUUUCUUCGAGCACGAAAACCGAGUUCCACACCAAGACACCGGUACCUUCUAAACCGGCUUUUGAGAUUAAGUACAAGUUUGACAUCCCGACCAGAAACAUCGAUGGGCACCCGAUGCCUAUAAUCCCCAUUUUGAAAAGAGCCAAGAACUUUCUAAGCACUGAAGACUUGACGAAGCUCAAGAAAGCCAUGACAAAUGAGCGUAAGCGUAAGUGGCGGGAAGUAAACGCUACUAAAAACAAAGACCAUGACUUACGUGCUCGGCUUAAGAAGAGGGCAAACGCAUUGUUUGGUAGUUUGGACUCAACUCCAAAGACUAACUGGUUUAACCAGGAAUACUCCAAGCGUUCGCUCAAACUUGAAGCGAAAACGGAGGAUAGUACCAUUCAGCCGGUUCAAGAGCUUUCAACGAGCAUAACAGACCAUGAAGUAUUGAAUAUGAUUGUUUGCUUGUUGGACAAGGAAGAUGUUGCUCGUGCCAUCGAAAAGCAGAUCAAAAUCGAGGCUAGUAAAGUAGGCAUCGACCGCAAAGGACUAAAGAAAAAGAUGAAAACUCCUUUAAAAGUAAGAAAAGUUGAGGCAGUUCCGUUCAAUGGAACGGAAUCGUCUCAUCAACUUGCUGACAAGUCACCGAAUGAGCCCAAAAACGACAUUGAAACAAGUCAAGGCCACAUAUCUCGAGAGGACAACAGGAACGGAAUAGCAACCGAUACGGCCGAGUCCAUCGAUCCCGUCUUUUCGCAAAUGGCCAAGAGAGCUCGGGCGGACGAGGAGAUCGAAAAUUUGAGCGAAUCUAAACGUGCCAGAACUGAUGACUUUCCGAAGAAUGAACUACUGAAAAAGCCUGCUUAUAUAAAUUUGGGCGGUACAGAUUGA